CAAUUGAUACUCAUAAUGAAUCGUAGCGUAGUUUUCGGGCGCGUCGUGGAUCCCGGGAGCGCACCCUCCGCUGCGCAGGCGCCGCUUUCCACGCGCGGCGCACGCCCACCCAAUAUAAAAGCCUCCGUCGCCCGGUCACCCGCCCGCAGUCAGUGCUCACACAUAACAGUGUCCACACGUACAAGGACUUACAGUUCAAACAUGAAUUCACGGUGUUUACUUGUGAUAGCCGCCGCCCUCGGCGUAGCUGCGGCGCAGGAGUCGUUCAAAUGCCCAGACGACUUCGGCUUCUACCCCCACCACAUCUCUUGCGACAAAUACUGGAAGUGUGACAACGGUGUAGCUGAGCUGAAGACGUGCGGUAACGGUCUGGCUUUCGACAACAGCGACACCAAAUACCUCACUGAAAACUGCGACUACCUCCACAAUGUUGAGUGCGGAGACAGGACACAGCUUGAGCCCCCAAUUUCCACCCCUCACUGCCAGCGGCUAUACGGUAUCUUCGCCGACGAAGCCAAAUGUGACGUCUUCUGGAACUGCUGGAACGGAGAGGCCUCCCGCUACCAGUGCAGCCCCGGACUCGCCUACGACAGGGAGUCCCGCGUGUGCAUGUGGGCUGACCAGGUCCCUGAGUGCAAGAACGAGGAAGUAGCGAACGGUUUCUCUUGCCCUGCUCCCGGUGAAGUGUCCAAUGCUGGCUCCUUCAGCCGUCACGCCCACCCUGAAGACUGCCGCAAGUACUACAUCUGUAUGGAGGGAGUUGCCCGCGAAUACGGAUGCCCCAUCGGAACCGUCUUCAAGAUCGGAGACUCCGACGGCACUGGUAACUGCGAAGACCCCGAAGAUGUUCCCGGAUGCGAGGACUACUACGGAGACCUGGAUCUGAAGACGAUCCGCAAGAGCGAGCUCCUGGCGGGAUACAACCAGGACGGGCCCCGCGCCAACAAGCCCCAGCUCAAAGCCCGCCCCCAAAAGGAGAACUAAGCCCUUCCCCCACCUUAACCUUUAAUACUCACAUCGUUCUACAAAACAAAACUUUUUCGCACCGAAAGCAACAACACUAACGUAAAUAACACUGGCAUGUUUUAAAAAUGUUCCUUUUGGUGCGCGAAGAUUUUGUUCCAGGUUCAAAUUUCAAAUUCGAAUUUGGUUAGGAGUAUGUAUUCGUUUCUAGUUGCCAAAUACUUUUUCGUUGUAGCCUUUUUUAAAGCAGUUUCAAGAGGCAGGUUAGAAAAUUAGUAGAAAAUCAUACAGCGAUAGAAAUAUUUAUUUUUUAAUAUUGUAUCAUAGUUUUGAUAGUUUCCUAUGAAUCAGAAUUA